CCCACGCCGCCGCCGCCGCUGCUGAGCUCGCCGGCAGCGCCCGGGCUCGGGCGUCCGAGCGGGGAGGAUGUUCUCCGCCCUGAAGAAGCUGGUGGGGUCGGAGCAGGCUCCGAGCCGGGACAAGAACAUCCCCGCCGGGCUGCAGUCCAUGAACCAGGCGCUGCAGAGGCGCUUCGCCAAGGGGGUGCAGUACAACAUGAAGAUCGUGAUCCGUGGAGACCGCAACACAGGCAAGACGGCCCUGUGGCACCGGCUGCAGGGGAAGAAGUUCGUGGAGGAAUACAUCCCCACCCAGGAGAUCCAGGUCACCAGCAUCCACUGGAACUAUAAGACCACUGAUGACAUUGUGAAAGUCGAGGUCUGGGAUGUGGUUGACAAAGGAAAAUGUAAAAAGCGAGGCGAUGGCUUGAAAAUGGAGAAUGACCCUCAGGAGGCAGAGUCCGAGAUGGCCCUGGAUGCUGAGUUCCUGGAUGUGUACAAGAACUGCAACGGAGUGGUCAUGAUGUUUGACAUCACCAAGCAGUGGACCUUCAACUACAUCCUGCGUGAGCUGCCCAAAGUGCCGACCCACGUCCCUGUGUGCGUGCUGGGCAACUACCGUGACAUGGGCGAGCACCGGGUCAUCCUGCCUGACGAUGUGCGUGACCUCAUUGACCACCUGGACAGGCCCCCAGGUGCCUCUUAUUUCCGCUAUGCCGAGUCUUCCAUGAAGAACAGCUUUGGCCUGAAGUACCUUCACAAGUUCUUCAACAUCCCGUUUCUGCAGCUGCAGAGAGAGACGUUGCUGCGGCAGCUGGAGACCAACCAGCUGGACGUGGACGCCACGCUGGAGGAGCUGUCGGUGCAGCAGGAGACCGAGGACCAGAACUACGAGAUCUUCCUUGAAAUGAUGGAUGCCCGCAGCCGUGGCCACGCAUCCCCCUUGGUGGCCAAUGGGCAGAGCCCAGCCUCUGGCUCCCAGUCGCCCGUUGUACCUCCAGGCACCACAUCCACCGGGAGCUCCAGCCCCGGCACACCCCAGCCCGCCCCGCCACCCCUCGCCAUCCCUUCCACCUGCCCCACCCCACUGUCCCUGGCAGCCCCGGCACCCCUGGCCGAGGCCCUGCUGCCCCCUACUCCAGCCCCCGCCCCACCCCAGAGGCGCAGCAUCAUCUCGCGGCUGUUUGGGACCUCAUCUGCAGCCGAGCCAGCUCCCUCACCUCCAGAGCCUGCACCAUCCACAGAGGCCCCAGUAAAGGUCCCAAAUGUGGAGGACUUUGUUCCUGAAGACAGUCUGGACCGUAGCUUCCUGGAGGAUGCAGCCCCCCCAAAGGAUGAGAAGGCCAAGGCCUCACCACAGGACAGCGACAGUGAUGGGGAGGCCCCAGGUGGGAACCCAAUGGUGGCAGGUUUCCAGGACGACGUGGACUUGGAAGACAGGCCACCCAGCAGACCCCUGCUGCCCAUGGACCCCCUCCCCAGUAAGCACAUCACUCUGUCUAGUGAAGAGGAGGCUGAGGGUCCUGAAAGUCCACCCAAAGCCACCGUCCUGGGCCCCCAGCCAUGCCUGGAGCCAGAGAUGAAAAGGUCUUCCAAAAAGACCCUGAAGCCCCAGGCCGAGGCGGCACCCUCACCAGCUCAGGAGCCUCAGGUGCUGGACAGUCCCUUGACGUCCGAGAGGCAUGCCCUUGAGAUGCCGGCAUCCAGGGCCACAGCCGCCACUGGGGGCCCCCUCCGCAGACCCGAGGGGACUAAGGCUGAGCAGGCAGCAUCAUCCGAGAGCGACACCGAGGGGCCCAUUGCCGCCCAAAUGCUGUCCUUUGUCAUGGACGACCCUGACUUCGAGAGUGAGGAGUCGGACGUACCACGGAGAAUGAAUGAGUUCCCAGUCCGUGAGGACCUCUCCGACCUGACCGAUGAGGACGUUGGCCCAGCACAACCACCCCGACCACUCCAGCCGCCCACACCCUCCUUCAGACCCAAGAAUGACACCGACCUCUUCGGACUGGGCCUCAGGGAGCCAGGCCCCAGGGACAGCAGCGAUGAAGAUAAGGUUGGCAAGCCUCCCUCCAGAGAGAAGAAGAAGAAGAAGAAGAAGAAGGAGGAGGAAGAAAAGGCUGCGAAGAAGAGCAAGCACAAGAAGGGCAAGGACAAGGAGGAGGGCAAGGAGGAGAAGAGAAAAAAAAAGAAGGCACCUCGGAGCAAGAAGGAGGCCACUGAUGAGCUGGAAGCCUUCCUGGGGGGCGGGGCCCCUGGUAGCCAGCACCGUGGUGGCGGGGACUACGAGGAGCUCUAGGUCUGGCCGCUGUGGUGGCGACCCUGUGGCGGGCAGCGGGCGGCACAGUUGGCACAGGAAGGCCUGCCUGCACCGCCCCUCCCACAGCCCAGCUUCCUCAUUGGAGGGGCCCAGCCGAGCCCCGUGUGCAGCAGGCCCAGGCGGCAGUCAGCCAGGAGAGGCUGGUGCCCAAGGUGGGGUGGGGCAGUGUUUCUCAGGGAUGUGACUGAGGCCUGCGAGGGAGCUGCAGGGUCUGUUUACAGGGGGCACUCCGCUUGGGCUCCUCGGUUGCCGUCACCCCAGCUCCCCCUCCUGCUUGCCCUGGGCACACGCCCACCGCCCACUUGCAGCCACUACAUGCAGAUGGCACCACUUCUAGCACGUGUGGCUCCCCACGACAGACAGUCAGCCCUGGGUGGCUGGGCUCCAGGGAGGACUCACUGGUCCCUCGGAGCAGCCCCCAGCCCACCAGGUGAAGCUGCAGGGGAACAGCAGCAGGGGCAGUGCCUCCUGGGACAUGACUUUCCCCAGAGUGUUUCUGUUAUGCCACCUGUGGCCACAGCUGCUUCUGUACCCAGGUGGGUGCCAUGGGCUGGAGCUGGGUGAUUCCCAGUUAUCUCAUCUCCAUUCGGACUAUAAAGCUCUCCUGUUUUA